AUGAGCACAGUGCGUCCUGUGACUACAGCGGUCACCGACAAAGUGGGGUACCACUACUACAGCUUCAGAACCUGCAGUAGGAGACGGUACCACUACUACAGCUGCAGAACCUGCAGAAGGAGACGGUACCACUACUACAGCUGCAGAACCUUCAGUAGGAACCAGUACCACUACUACAGCUGCAGAACCUCCAGGAGGAACCGGUACCACUACUACAGAUUCAGAACCUCCAGUAGGAGACGGUACCACUGCUACAGCUGCAGAACCUCCAGGAGGAACCAGUACCAGUACUACAGCUGCAGAACCUUCAGUAGGAACCGGUACCACUACUACAGCUGCAGAACCUUCAGGAGGAACUGGUACCACUACUACAGCUGCAGAACCUUCAGGAGGAGAUGGUACCACUACUACAGCUGCAGAACCUUCAGGAGGAGACGGUACCACUGCUACAGCUGCAGAACCUCCAGGAGGAACCGGUACCAGUACUACAGCUGCAGAACCUUCAGUAGGAACCAGUACCAGUACUACAGCUGCAGAACCUUCUGUAGGAACCGGUACCACUACUACAGCUGCAGAACCUUCAGGAGGAGACGGUACCACUACUACAGCUGCAGAACCUUCAGGAGGAGACGGUACCACUACUACAGCUGCAGAACCUCCAGGAGGAGACGGUACCACUACUACAGCUGCAGAACCUUCAGUAGGAACCGGUACCACUACUACAGCUGCAGAACCUUCAGGAGGAGACGGUACCACUACUACAGCUGCAGAACCUUCAGGAGGAGACGGUACCGCUACUACAGCUGCAGAACCUUCAGGAGGAGACGGUACCACUACUACAGCUGCAGAACCUUCAGGAGGAGAUGGUACCACUACUACAGCUGCAGAACCUUCAGGAGGAGACGGUACCACUACUACAGCUGCAGAACCUCCAGGAGGAACCGGUACCACUACUACAGCUGCAGAACCUUCAGGAGGAGACGGUACCACUACUACAGCUGCAGAACCUUCAGGAGGAGACGGUACCACUACUACAGCUGCAGAACCUCCAGGAGGAGACGGUACCACUACUACAGCUGCAGAACCUUCAGUAGGAACCGGUACCACUACUACAGCUGCAGAACCUUCAGGAGGAACCGGUACCACUACUACAGCUGCAGAACCUUCAGGAGGAGACGGUACCACUACUACAGCUGCAGAACCUCCAGGAGGAACCGGUACCACUACUACAGCUGCAGAACCUCCAGGAGGCCCACAUCCCCUCCCUUUGCUGAGGUGGUGGAUGACUGUUCUAAACUCAUCUGUGUGAACAAUCAGCUCGUUCUCUUCAACAAGUCCCAGAGCUGCCCUUUGACCUCUGACCCCCCCAACUGUGGCCUGCUGGGGGUCGCUGUGCUGCUGAACGGAGACAAGUGCUGCCCCCAGUGGGACUGUCCAUACCUGGUACUGACCUCUCUCUCCCCCGUCUCCCCCCUCUCCCCCGCAGGUCGCUGCUCCCUCUUCUCAGACCUGGUACUGACCUCUCUCUCCCCCGUCUCCCCCCUCUCCCCCGUCUCCCCCCUCUCCCCCGCAGGUCGCUGCUCCCUCUUCUCAGACCUGGCGGUGGUGACCUUCGAUGGUAACUCCGCGGCGGUGUCUCAGGCGGCGGAUUACGUCAUCACUGAGCUGCAGGACGAGACUCUGACUGUGUCUGUGGAGGAGUGCCCUGCCCACGCCAGCUCCCCGCUCCCCGGUCUGUCCUCCCCCAACUCACCCCUGACUCCCCCAUACUCGCCACGCCAGCUCCCCGGUCUGUCCUCCCCCAACUCACCCCUGACUCCCCCAUACUCGCCACGCCAGCUCCCCGGUCUGUCCUCCCCCAACUCACCCCUGACUCCCCCAUACUCGCCACGCCAGCUCCCCGGUCUGUCCUCCCCCAACUCACCCCUGACUCCCCCAUACUCGCCCACGCCAGCUCCCCGGUCUGUCCUCCCCCAACUCACCCCUGACUCCCCCAUACUCGCCCACGCCAGCUCCCCGCUCCCCGGUCUGUCCUCCCCCAACUCACCCCUGACUCCCCCAUACUCGCCACGCCAGCUCCCCGGUCUGUCCUCCCCCAACUCACCCCUGACUCCCCCCAUACUCGCCACGCCAGCUCCCCGGUCUGUCCUCCCCCAACUCACCUCUGACUCCCCCAUACUCGCCACGCCAGCUCCCCGGUCUGUCCUCCCCCAACUCACCCCUGACUCCCCCAUACUCGCCACGCCAGCUCCCCGGUCUGUCCUCCCCCAACUCACCUCUGACUCCCCCAUACUCGCCCACGCCAGCUCCCCGCUCCCCGGUCUGUCCUCCCCCAACUCACCUCUGACUCCCCCAUACUCGCCCACGCCAGCUCCCCGGUCUGUCCUCCCCCAACUCACCCCUGACUCCCCCAUACUCGCCACGCCAGCUCCCCGGUCUGUCCUCCCCCAACUCACCCCUGACUCCCCCAUACUCGCCACGCCAGCUCCCCGGUCUGUCCUCCCCCAACUCACCCCUGACUCCCCCAUACUCGCCCACGCCAGCUCCCCGCUCCCCGGUCUGUCCUCCCCCAACUCACCCCUGACUCCCCCAUACUCGCCACGCCAGCUCCCCGGUCUGUCCUCCCCCAACUCACCUCUGACUCCCCCAUACUCGCCACGCCAGCUCCCCGGUCUGUCCUCCCCCAACUCACCCCUGACUCCCCCAUACUCGCCACGCCAGCUCCCCGGUCUGUCCUCCCCCAACUCACCUCUGACUCCCCCAUACUCGCCACGCCAGCUCCCCGGUCUGUCCUCCCCCAACUCACCCCUGACUCCCCCAUACUCGCCACGCCAGCUCCCCGGUCUGUCCUCCCCCAACUCACCCCUGACUCCCCCAUACUCGCCCACGCCAGCUCCCCGGUCUGUCCUCCCCCAACUCACCUCUGACUCCCCCAUACUCGCCACGCCAGCUCCCCGGUCUGUCCUCCCCCAACUCACCCCUGACUCCCCCAUACUCGCCACGCCAGCUCCCCGGUCUGUCCUCCCCCAACUCACCUCUGACUCCCCCAUACUCGCCACGCCAGCUCCCCGGUCUGUCCUCCCCCAACUCACCCCUGACUCCCCCAUACUCGCCCACGCCAGCUCCCCGCUCCCCGGUCUGUCCUCCCCCAACUCACCCCUGACUCCCCCAUACUCGCCACGCCAGCUCCCCGGUCUGUCCUCCCCCAACUCACCUCUGACUCCCCCAUACUCGCCACGCCAGCUCCCCGGUCUGUCCUCCCCCAACUCACCCCUGACUCCCCCAUACUCGCCCACGCCAGCUCCCCGGUCUGUCCUCCCCCAACUCACCUCUGACUCCCCCAUACUCGCCACGCCAGCUCCCCGGUCUGUCCUCCCCCAACUCACCCCUGACUCCCCCAUACUCGCCACGCCAGCUCCCCGGUCUGUCCUCCCCCAACUCACCCCUGACUCCCCCAUACUCGCCACGCCAGCUCCCCGGUCUGUCCUCCCCCAACUCACCCCUGACUCCCCCAUACUCGCCCACGCCAGCUCCCCGCUCCCCGGUCUGUCCUCCCCCAACUCACCCCUGACUCCCCCAUACUCGCCCACGCCAGCUCCCCGGUCUGUCCUCCCCCAACUCACCCCUGACUCCCCCAUACUCGCCCACGCCAGCUCCCCGCUCCCCGGUCUGUCCUCCCCCAACUCACCCCUGACUCCCCCAUACUCGCCACGCCAGCUCCCCGGUCUGUCCUCCCCCAACUCACCCCUGACUCCCCCAUACUCGCCACGCCAGCUCCCCGGUCUGUCCUCCCCCAACUCACCCCUGACUCCCCCAUACUCGCCCACGCCAGCUCCCCGGUCUGUCCUCCCCCAACUCACCCCUGACUCCCCCAUACUCGCCCACGCCAGCUCCCCGCUCCCCGGUCUGUCCUCCCCCAACUCACCCCUGACUCCCCCAUACUCUCCCACGCCAGCUCCCCGGUCUGUCCUCCCCCAACUCACCCCUGACUCCCCCAUACUCGCCACGCCAGCUCCCCGGUCUGUCCUCCCCCAACUCACCCCUGACUCCCCCAUACUCGCCACGCCAGCUCCCCGGUCUGUCCUCCCCCAACUCACCCCUGACUCCCCCAUACUCGCCACGCCAGCUCCCCGGUCUGUCCUCCCCCAACUCACCUCUGACUCCCCCAUACUCGCCCACGCCAGCUCCCCGCUCCCCGGUCUGUCCUCCCCCAACUCACCCCUGACUCCCCCAUACUCGCCACGCCAGUUCCCCGGUCUGUCCUCCCCCAACUCACCCCUGACUCCCCCAUACUCGCCACGCCAGCUCCCCGGUCUGUCCUCCCCCAACUCACCCCUGACUCCCCCAUACUCGCCACGCCAGCUCCCCGGUCUGUCCUCCCCCAACUCACCCCUGACUCGCCCAUACUCGCCCACGCCAGCUCCCCGGUCUGUCCUCCCCCAACUCACCCCUGACUCCCCCAUACUCGCCACGACAGCUCCCCGGUCUGUCCUCCCCCAACUCACCCCUGACUCCCCCAUACUCGCCACGCCAGCUCCCCGGUCUGUCCUCCCCCAACUCACCCCUGACUCCCCCAUACUCGCCCACGCCAGCUCCCCGGUCUGUCCUCCCCCAACUCACCCCUGA